GAAGGGGACUGUUUGCUCCUACGGGCUGUAGAUGGAGCUGUCCGGCCCCGGCGAGGGGGAAGGCGCCUGGAAAACGUUCUUCUUCUCCCUGGCCGGCCCGAGCGGGGAACAGCACUCCCAGGAUGCAGUUUGUGUCAACACGGCCGCAGCCUCAGCAGCUGGGCAUCCAGGGCCUGGGGCUGGACAGCGGGAGCUGGAGCUGGGCCCAGGCUCUGCCCCCGGAGGAGGUCUGCCACCAGGAACCGGCGCUGCGCGGGGAAAUGGCCGAGGGAAUGCCGCCCAUGCAGGCUCAAGAAUGGGACAUGGAUGCCCGGCGACCCAUGCCUUUUCAGUUCCCUCCCUUCCCAGAUCGGGCCCCUGUCUUCCCUGACCGCAUGAUGCGGGAGCCCCAGUUACCCACAGCAGAGAUCUCUCUCUGGACCGUGGUGGCCGCCAUUCAGGCUGUGGAGAGGAAGGUGGAUGCCCAGGCCAGCCAGCUGCUAAAUCUGGAGGGACGCACUGGGACAGCAGAGAAGAAGCUGGCCGACUGUGAGAAGACAGCUGUGGAGUUUGGCAACCACAUGGAGAGCAAGUGGGCCGUGCUGGGGACUCUGCUGCAGGAGUAUGGGCUGCUGCAGCGGCGGCUGGAGAACCUGGAGAACCUGCUACGCAACAGAAACUUCUGGGUCCUGCGGCUGCCACCUGGCAGCAAGGGGGAGGCCCCCAAGGUCCCAGUGACUUUUGUCGACAUUGCUGUCUACUUCUCUGAGGAUGAGUGGAAGAACUUGGACGAAUGGCAGAAGGAGCUUUACAACAACCUCGUUAAGGAGAACUACAAAACCCUGAUGUCCCUGGAUGCAGAGGGCUCAGUGCCCAAGCCAGAUGGCCCCACCCAGGUGGAGCCCAGAGAAGAGCCUUGUGUGUGGGAGCAGCGGCACACAGAAGAGAGAGAAAUCCCAGUGGAUACAGACACAGUUGCAGAGCCCCUGGUUCCUGCACAGGAUGUGCCCUCCCAGGUAAAGCGAGAGGAAGCUCUGUGUGUGCGGGGCCAACGAGGCAUGGAGGAAAGAGCCAUCCCCACGGAAUCCAUCACUGACUCCCCCAUCUCUGCUCAGGAGCUCUUGUCCCGGAUUAAGCAGGAGGAGCAGCAGUGCGUGUGGGACCAGCAGGAUUUGGCAGAGAGAGAUAUUCCCACGGACCCCAAUUCAGAGUCCCUUAUCUCAGCACAUGACAUUUUGUCCUGGAUCAAGCAGGAGGAGCAGCCAUACCCGUGGGGCCCACGUGACUCAAUGGAAGGAGAGCUCGGACUAGACUCUGGCCCCAGUGACAACCUGAUGCUGGUGAAGAACCCGCCCCAGCCCCAGUCCCAGCCCCACCAGCAGAGCCUGCCCACCCUGGCAGUGCCUGAGAAUCCCGAUGGCCCUGUUAAUCGCGGGCUGCUGGAUGACAGUUUUCCCGCGCUGUCGGGGGAGCGCAGCUCGGUGGAGGCUCAGCCGGGCGGGGAGGGCAGUGCAGGCAGCAGAGGCGGUGGUGGUGGCUGCACAAGCAGUGGCACCGGUGUGAGCGGUGGCUGUGGCAGCUGCUGCCCUGGCGGCCUGCGGCGGAGCCUCCUCACGCAUGGCGCGCGCAGCAAGCCCUACUCAUGUCCGGAGUGCGGGAAGAGCUUCGGCGUGCGCAAGAGCCUCAUCAUCCACCAUCGCAGCCACACUAAGGAGCGGCCCUAUGAGUGCGCGGAGUGCGAGAAGAGCUUCAACUGCCACUCGGGCCUCAUCCGCCAUCAGAUGACACAUCGCGGUGAGCGGCCCUACAAGUGUUCUGAGUGUGAGAAGACCUACAGCCGGAAGGAGCACCUGCAGAACCACCAGCGGCUGCACACGGGCGAGAGGCCCUUCCAGUGCGCGCUCUGUGGUAAGAGCUUCAUCCGCAAGCAGAACCUGCUCAAGCACCAGCGCAUCCACACUGGCGAGCGGCCCUACACGUGUGGCGAGUGCGGCAAGAGCUUCCGUUACAAGGAGUCACUCAAGGACCACCUGCGGGUGCACAGCAGCGGCCCAGGCCUAAGCAGCCAGAGGCCGCUCCAGGCGCCACCGGAGAGAGACUAGGGCUGGGCUGGGGGGUGGGGAGGGCUGAACUGGAGCCAGGGCGGCUGGGGCUUCUGAGGUCCCACCAUCCUGCCCUACUGUUCUCAGCGCACCUUCCCACCCUCUUCCCACCUCCUGCUGGAGACCAGGCACAGGAAUUGCACUCAGACAGGGUACCCCGAGGUUGGACAGGGGUACCCCAGGCCUGUCUGACCUGAGUGGACAGCAAGCCCAUCUCAUAGAGUGGGCCGAGUGGAUGGGGAAGGUGCCAGAGGGUCAGCAAGGAGGCGAGAGUCGUUGAAUACGCCUCUCAGACCACCUAGUGUGCCCAUUGGCCACUGGGGUCACAGAUUGUGAUCAGGGAAAGCGACCAGGGAGUCUCAAAACCCUCCUGAAAUAAGGAAAUCCGAUCCUAAGGUUCGGAGACAACCUGAGAAAGGAAGUGAAGGUGCAAUGGUGAGCUGAGCGGUGUGCUAAGGGGACAUCCUCAAGACAACACUGCCUCGCGCUUCUGUAGCGCUUUAUACUUUUUUAAGUGUUUUCUAUCCGUUAUCUAUUUUCUCCCUUAGCCUGUCUCUCCGAGAUAGGUGGGAUAGGGUUUUCCUGAUGUGGUAACUGAGGAAAGUGAGACACAGGUGAGAUGGUUUACCCAAGAUUACACGAGAAGAGCGUGGCGGAGCCACACCAGAGCUCUGGCCCCGCGCAGUGUCUCCACCGCAAACACUGCCUACCUCCGUCGUCUGAGAGACCACUCUCACCUGGCCUUCCUGGUCUCUCCUCUCCUUUUUCUCCCCUGAAGUCCCCGCUCCCUCCCAAUCUAGAAGCAACAGGGGCCAAUUCCUGGGGUUACUGGGAACGGGGAACGGAUUGGCUGCAAAAUGCCCAGGCUUGUACUCCAGAAGACUUUCUUCACGUGAGCGCCUGGGCCAGUAGCGCCGUGGAUCCCCAGCCUGUCCUUCCCACCUCCAGUCCCUUAAUCGGUGCAGCAGCAGCAGCAGCAGCAGCAGCUUCUCACUGCACAGUAGGGCCCCGCCCUCUGGAGGCAGCUGGUGCCCUGGGUCAGACCUCACCCUGAUGAUUUACUCCAGUUUCCCAGGGCCAAGGGUGAGAGAGACCUCUGCUGCCAGAGCAGCCACCAAGGAACGAGUCUGCCCAGGAGGACUGGGCAAGUGGGUGCUAGAGUCUGAGCCUCAGUCUCUCUCCUGCCCUGGGCCUCCCAAUUGGUGCUAUGUGUUAAUUGACCGUGCUCAUGGACGUGGACACAGACCCUACUAUGCUUCGACUCCGCAGGCGCCUGGGGAAGCGCCCAAAGAACUCCCUUUCAUGUUGGUGCAUUGCUCUGGGCAGUGGCAGUCUCCAUUUCAGCGUCUUGCAUGGCCAGGCACUGGGGUGGGGUGGCAUGCCCCAGGAACCUUGUUUGUGUCAAAAUGGCUUUUCCUGCUCCCCCAUGGAUUCCGCUUCUCUCCCAGCCAGGGAGCUCAGUGGGCGGCCACUGCUUGGUGGUACUGCCUUUUGUGAGCGUUCAGCUUCUGCCCUUUGGUUCAUCUGCGCUGCUCCGCUUUCCUCAGACCCCUUUUUGCCGUGCAAAGGGAAUUCUUGAAAUUAAAUAAAAGGUGUCCAGAUUGCAGACUGCAUGUUCACAAGGCUGGAGGAGUCUCCAGCAUGGCAUCCUACAGUAAAGCCUCAAUGAACUGGAAUCCAAUUAACUGGGAUUUUUUUCCUCCCUUCAUUCGGCUGUUUGAAGGAGGCAAAUUUUAGACAAGUGGAGAUGAGAAACACAUACAGGGUUCAGUGGAGUGCUGGUACAACAGAAGGGGGCCCUCUAGUUCAGGGAUUGGUUGGAAGGGAAUGAUAGGUUACUUCUCAAAAGCAUAGGCAGAAAAUAUUUUCUUUAAAUCAUGGAAAGAAAGAUCCAAAUUGUUUUGGCUGUUGGAAGUGUGAGGAAGAGAGAAAUUGCUAAUGACAUACGGGUUUAAAACAUUUGAUUGCAUAGAUUGAAUCUAAUCACUUUAUUUUACCCUCAGACAGCUGGUUCCCAAAGAGGUUUAGUGACUGAGCUAGUGAAAGCCAACACUCUGGUUUCCUGGACCCUAGACUGGUGAAU